AUGGCGCGCAAAUACCUCGGAGGCUCUGGUGAGCGACUGACAGUGUGGAUCUCCAUCGCUGCCAGUACGGUCCUCGUUUUCUACGGUUACGACCAAGGUGUCUUCGGCAAUGUCAUCAUUUCGGAGAACUUCCUCCAUACAUUUGGCUAUCCCUCCGCCAACAUGCAAGGUGUGAUGACCUCCAUAUACAACAUUGGAUGCUUCAUCGGAGCAAUGAGUACUAUCUGGACUGGCGACAUUCUCGGACGCCCAAGACAGAUUCUGCUCGGUUCGACGAUCAUCGGGAUUGGCGCAAUCAUCCAGACAUGUAGUUGGACUGUAGCUAGUAUGAUGGUCGGGCGUAUCGUGGCUGGCCUUGGUACUGGUAUGAAUACGGCAACGGCUGGAGUUUGGCAAGCUGAGACGAGUAAAAUGAACAGUCGAGGAAAGCUUGUCAUUAUCCAAAUGGCAAACUGUAUUACUGGUUUCAGUAUUUCAAAUUGGCUUACCCUCGGCUUCUCGUUCGCACCGCGCGAUAUAGCAUGGCGCUUCCCACUAGCAUUCCAACUCUUCUUUACUCUCUGCAUCUACGCCAUGUGUCCCUUCCUGCCAGACUCGCCUCGUCUACUCAUUCGCAAAGGCAAGUACGACGAAGCCUUGGAAGUCCUUGCUGCCCUCGAAGGCCACGGAGCGACGCCAGAAUCGCCCUCGGUAAUCACGCAAUACAACAUUAUCAAGGACAUCCUCGAUCGCGAGCAUAUGAACACAUACACAUGGACGCAGCUUCUUACUGGCAAAGGACCAAGCGGUGUCCUGCGACGCAUGCUUCUCGGUGCAUGGAUGCAGGCUAUGAACCAGAUCUCAGGAAUCAACGUCACCAGUUAUUAUAUGUCGUACAUCUUCAUAAACGCGUUGGGAAUCUCGGAACUUCUAUCGCGCAUUCUCGCCGCCGCCGGCUCAGUCGACUAUCUCAUCUUUGCUUGCUUGGCGUACUUCGUGAUUGAGCGAUAUGGACGUCGCAGAGUCAUGAUGGUCUCCGCCGGCGCGUGUUCCAUCUGCUGGGUUGUCAUUGCAGCGUCUCAGGGCCAGACUGAGGCAGGUGGCGACUCCUAUAAGCUGGGUAUCGUCGCAGUCUCAUUCUUUUUCUUGUUUUUCGCUAGCUUCGGAAUGGGCGUGCUAGGCGUGCCAUGGCUGUAUCCGACCGAGAUCAACGCCCUUGAAAUGAGGACCAAAGGCGCUUCGCUUGCAAUGGCGACUAAUUGGAUCUGCAACUAUGGUGUUGUGCAGGCCACCCUUCCUGGUAUCCAAAACCUAGGCUACAAGUUCUGGAUCAUCUGGGCAGUUAUCUGCUUCUCCUUCAUCCCGAUCACGUACUUCCUAUACCCAGAGACGGCGAACCGAACCCUAGAAGAUAUUGACCGCUUCUUCGAGACGCAACCAGGUAUCUUGAUCCAUCGCAACAAGCUUGCUGUGCAGCUACAUCGUCCGGCUGAAUUCAUCGAAGCCGAUGCGAGGAUUGCUGCAAAUGAAGAGGCAAAGUUCGAGAAGGGGAUAAGCACGGAGCAUGUUGAAAUGAAGGAAACGGUGUAA